UUCCCUGAACAUUGUUUCUAUGGCUUGGUGGAUAAAAUCUUACUCUUUCGUCAUGACAGCUCAAAUCCAAAUGUGCUUAGCCUCAUCACGUCGCCCUCCCUUCUUAAAGAGAACUGCUUGGUGGAAGUUGUACUAUCAGCCCAGGCCUCCAUGGAAGAUCUACAAAUCCAGCCACAUCAACUAAUUGUCCAUUCUUACAGAUCUCCACAUUUCUGUGACUUCUGUGGAGAAAUGCUUUUUGGUUUGGUAAAACAGGGACUCAAGUGUGAUGGAUGUGGCUUGAAUUUCCAUAAACGAUGUGCCUAUAAGAUCCCCAAUAAUUGCAGCCUAGAGAAACAUCGGAGACCUUCUACUGGAAGCGUUAAAUCAGAAGUAGCCUCAGACUCCCAAUCUUUAAUUGUCCCAACCUUGGGUCCACCUCUGUCUCCGAGCUUCGAUGGCCGUAACAACAGGUCAAAAUCGUGGAGUGGCCGGCCAAUAUGGAUUGACAAGCAUUAUGCAGAUAGGAUAAAGGUGCCACAUACGUUCAAUGUGCACAACUACACAAAGCCGACCGUCUGCCAGUACUGCAAGAAACUGCUGAAGGGACUCUUCCGUCAGGGAAUGCAGUGCAAAGAUUGCAAGUUUAAUUGCCACAGGAAAUGUGCCAAUAAUGUUCCAAAUGACUGUUCUGGAGACAUGAUAAGUAUGGACACUGGAAGUUUUUCAGAAUCUAUUGAAAACUCUGAGAAUGAAGGUCCAAGUGAGACUGAAUCUGCAGAGAUGGGUGAUGAUGAUGAUGAAGGAGAAAAGAAACCUCCAUUGAGCCCUACACAGAGUACAAAUAUUCCUCUGAUGCGUGUUAUCCAGUCAGUGCGGCAUACCAAAAAGGCUGGCUCACAGAUCCUAAAAGAAGGUUGGAUGGUACAUUUCACAGAUAAAGACGCAGCGCGAAAGCGCCAUUACUGGAGACUGGAUACGAAGACCAUAACUCUUUAUCAAAAUAAAGAAACAACACGAUAUUAUAAGGAAAUGCCACUGGAAAAGAUAUCUUCUGUAGAACAUGCAAAACCAGAAAUCAUAGCUGCAUUUGGAAAAUCUCAGCCACAUGUGUUUGAGUUUGGGUUCUCUUCAGUUAUGUACUACAUUGGAGAAGACUGUGGCUAUGGAAAGGAAAAUGCUGACAGUUUGUUGUCUUCGGCAGAAAGUGGUGUUGGCUUGGAGCAGGCAAAUCACUGGGAAAUUGCUAUUCGCCAAGCAUUAAUGCCUGUCACUUCGUCAAAUGUCCAAGAAGAGAACUAUCUUGAUUCUAUCGAUGAAAAGAAGAAAGAUAUAAGUAAAACUUACUCAAUAUGUGCAGAGUACGUCCUUGGUUCUGGCCAAUUUGGUAUUGUUUACGGAGGCCACCACAAGCAGUCACAGCUUCCAGUUGCGGUAAAAGUCAUCGACAAAGUGAAAUUUCCAACCAAGCAGGAAGCUCGUCUGAAAAACGAAGUAUCUAUAUUACAAAGCCUGCAGCAUCCUGGUGUUGUUAACUUGGAAGAGAUGUUUGAAACUUCUGCCAAAAUUUAUGUUGUGAUGGAGAAAUUAGAAGGGGACAUGCUUGAAAUGAUUUUGUCUACACCUAAGAAGAGGCUAGGAGAAAGGGUCACAAAAUAUGUGAUAUCACAGGUUCUUGUUGCUCUGAGACAUCUUCAUGUGAAGAACAUUGUUCAUUGUGAUCUGAAACCUGAGAAUGUGCUGCUUGCUUCAGAAUCACCAUUUCCACAGGUGAAAUUGUGUGAUUUUGGUUUUGCGAGAAUCAUUGGUGAAAAAUCUUUUCGGCGAUCUGUUGUUGGUACACCUGCAUACCUUGCUCCUGAAGUAUUGAAAAGCAAAGGAUAUAACCGAUCAUUGGACAUGUGGUCUGUUGGUGUCAUAGUAUAUGUAAGUCUAAGUGGCACGUUUCCAUUCAAUGAAGAUGAAGAUAUUGGUGACCAAAUUCAAAAUGCCUCAUUUAUGUACCCAUUCAAUCCUUGGAAAGAUAUAUCUCAGGAAGCCAUCGAUUUGAUUAAUAACUUGCUCCAAGUAAACAUGAGGAAACGUUUUACAGUGGAUAAAUCGUUAGCACACGUGUGGCUUCAGGAUUAUCUGACAUGGUGUGAUCUCCGGAUGCUUGAAUCCUUGGUGGGCAGUCGAUAUCUCACUCACGAAUCCGAUGACGAAAGGUGGGAGUUGUUCAGACAAGAACAGAAUCUGGACAGCUGGUUAGAUCUUGGCCAUUCAGGGCCUCAUGAAAGUUUCUGCCUCAGUAAAAACCGGGACCAGAAAUCAACUAAUGGGGUUUAAAAACGAUCUGAAAUUUAUGUUAUACACACACAAACACAUGAAAUUUUAUACAUACAUGUGUAUACACCCACUCAAACAUCAACACACACAUAAUUCUUUUACAAGAACUGUAUUGACAAUGAGUUUGAAGUUUUGAUCUGCUAAACUCCAUUGCACUGUCUGCUGAAGGCUAGCAGGCCAAAAUUUCGAAGUCCCUAUCAAUCUUAUUCUUGUAAAAGAACAAUAAAUGUGUACUCUAAAAAAGUAAAUCUUUCACAUUAACAUAAAAUUGUUCUCAUUAUAACUCAACAUAAAAACAAACAUUAAUAUAUAUAUUAUAAAUACAUAUAUAUAUAUAUAU